AUGCAAAUCAUUUGCCAUAAACAGCAUCUGCUCCUGCUGCUAGGAUUAUGCUUUCUGUUUUUGCUGCAAGGAACAUCCGCUGGGAAGAUAAAACUGUUGGCUUUUAAAGGACCACACGCCGGUUUUGUGGGCCUCAAGGUGCGCACCCCCAAGCUGCUGGGCCUGAAGCACGCUCUGGGCGGUGGCGGUGGCGGAGGUGGAGGCGGACUUGGAUUCGGUGGUGGAAUCGGAGCUAGCAUAGGCGCCGGAAUCGGCGGAGGGUACGGCGGGGGAUAUGGUGGGGGAUACGGUGGUGGAUAUGGAGGAGGAUACGGCGGAGGACACAGCAGUGGCUACGAGCACCACGAAUUUCACGAAAGUCAUCACGAAAGCCAUCACAGCAGCGGAGGAAGCUACGGAGAUGGUGGCUUCGGCGGUGGCCUCUGGGGAAAGUAAAGAUGUCAAUAGAUCAAUAGAAUAAGAGACAAAUCAUGUACUUGCCAUUAGAAUCCACAUCCAAUUGUUAUUUAGUUAUAGACUCAUAUUCCCAUUCAUAAAAUAAAGUUAUCUAUAGGAAUGAA